AUGUCAGAUUCGACUGAAGUUAUAAAGAAUAUCGACAUUGAAGAUGUUCAAAUAGAGAAUUCCAAUGAAGAAAUCACUACAACGCAUGAGAACGAGUUAGCUUCUCACAGCAUAGAUAAUGAAGAUCAACCAAUAGAAGAUGUUAAACCAGAGAUAUCAAAUGACAGUCCUGAGGUAAAUGAAUCCAUACCACUCACAAAUACCGAUGAAGCUUCCGACGAAGUUGCUAAAUUAGCAGAAGAUGAACCUGAAGUGGAAUCAAAUUCAACCGUACAAGAAGAAGAAGAAAAGGUAAACGAGGAAGAGACUGAAGAGCCAGUUCAAGAGCAAAUACCGACUGAAUCACAACUAGAGGAAGAUACACAACCCGAAACUCAGGUACAAGAGGAAAUAAAGGAACAGAAAGAAGAACCUGUAGAGGAACAAGAAUUACCUGAUAAAAAUCAAGUGCAACAGGAUUAUGCUGAUUCUCCUCCAGUAGUAGAUAUAAUAAUCGACACCCAAGCUUUAUCAGACGAGGAAAUAAACGUUGAUGAUAUCUCUUCUGACAGUGACUUUGAUUCAGACUCUGAUUCAGACUCAGACUCAGACUCAGAAUCCGAAGACUUUUCUGAUGGCGAAGAAGCAUCCAAGGCAAAAAAUGAUUCUGAUUUAGAGGAAAACUUUGACGAUGAUGAAGAAGGCGAAGCAUCUGGAGGUCCUAUUUUAUCCAAGAAUGAAGUCACCAACGAACUUGCACCAUCAAUUCCUGAGGGAUAUAGUUUAGCAGAAAAUGCUCCUAUAGAACCAAUUGGUGAGAUCAUUGCCUUAGUUGAAAAUUCAAUGGUUAUUAAAGCUAAUACUUCAGGUGAAUUCCGUGUAUUAAAAGAUAAAUCUAUAUUCUGUUUACAAGAUAGAACUAUAAUUGGAAUGCUUUUUGAAACCUUUGGAAGAGUUCAAGAGCCAAUUUAUUCUAUUAAAUUCAAUUCAAAAGAAGAAUUUGAGAAAUUUAAAGAUACAAAAGGCCAAGUUGCAUAUUAUGUCGUUCCUGAUUCUGAGUUCCUUUACACCGAUGCAAUCAAAAGUAUCAAGGGUUCCGACGCUAGUAAUUGUCAUGACGAAGAACUUCCAGAAGAGGAACAAGAGUUCUCAGAUGAUGAAAUGGAACUUGAAGCCAAACGUUCAAAGAAGAAGAAGAACAAAUCAAAGAACAAGGAUAAAGAAAAUCCAGACAAACCAGUUACAUCAAGGGAUAGAAAAAGACCAGAACCUUCUACUGUAGGUCAACCACAGGGCUCACCAAAAAGAUUUCAACCAUAUGGAUAUGCCAAACUGCCAAGAGUGAAUCAAAGUCAUACUACUACUUCAGUUUAUAAUCCAUUGCAUAGCAGAGGCACUACAGCCAAUCAACACCGCCCGCCUCAGGAAGUACAGCCUGUAGCUUAUCAAGCUAAUCCAUAUGGAGUUCCAUUCCAACAAGCGCACCCUCAAGCCCAAAAUCAGUUCUAUCAGAACAAUCAGAACAAUCAAACAUAUCAAAAUCAAAAUCAAAAUCAUCAAUAUCCAAACCAAUCUCAGCAAUAUCCAAAUCAAUAUCAGUAUCCAAACCAAACGCAACAAUAUCAAAACCCGUAUCAAUAUCCAAAUCCAAAUCAACCCCCUCAAUAUCCUAACCAUCAACAAUAUCCUCCUUCUGUGAAUAUAAAUCCACAUGCAAAUUAUCAACAACAAAACCCACAGUUCAACAAUAACCAAAACAACUGGAAUAACAACACUCAGUUACAACCGGAUCAAUUGCUACAAUUACAACAACUUAUUAUGAGACAAUUACAAAAUGGUAAUAACCAACAAGGAAACAAUAACCAAGGAAAUUAA